AUGGGUGCGUUGAUGUCUCCCUCUUGCCCUGUGCUUCUGGGUUCGGGUCAUACCGAUCGCUUAAGGGGCUCCACAUCCCAACAUACCUUUCCUCUCACUAUUCCGGAAUGGAGAGACGCUCAAGAAGCCGGGGACGGCCUUAGCCGACUCUUGUCGCUUCGAGAGUCCGAAGCCAUUUUAAACUCCAACGCCUGGAUAGCCCUGGCCACCCCAUCUCAAAUCGAGCAGCAGUGGGCUUACACCGAAUCCUUACGCUUAUCCGGUGCUUCCCUACCACUCUUCGGCGUCCCCUUCGCGGCCAAGGAUAACAUUGACGUCGCCAGCUUCCCCACAACCGCAGCGUGCCCUAGCUUUGCCAAUGGCCCCGUCGACCAAGAUGCCGCAAUCAUCGCCCGUCUCAAGGCUGCCGGUGCCAUCGUCCUCGGCAAGACAAAUCUCGAUCAGUUUGCCACAGGCCUUGUCGGUACCAGAUCACCGUACGGUCCAGUGAGCAACUCCUUUGAUCCCGCCAGGGUCAGCGGCGGUUCGAGUUCCGGCAGCUCCGUCGUCGUUGCCAGGGGUGUCGUUCCCUUUUCCCUUGGUACAGACACCGCCGGCAGUGGUCGUGUGCCUGCCGGUCUGAAUAACCUUGUGGGGGUGAAGCCUACCAGAGGUGCUCUCAGCACAACUGGAGUUCUGCCCGCAUGUCGCAGUCUCGACUGCGUGUCCAUUUUUGCACUCACCGUCGAUGAUGCCGAGACGGUCUUGGCUCUGGCCGAGGGCUUCGAUACCAAGGACUCGUUCUCAAGGGCUCGGCCAGACGCUCCAAGUAUGAUUGAGGGACAUCGCAUGGCCAUCUGUGAUGAUCCUCCAUGGUUCGGAAAGACUGAACAGUCUGUAGCCUACGCAAAGGCCCUGGAGAAGGCCGAGACUCUUGGUUGGACGCUGGAGCCCAAGGACUUCUCUCCGCUAUUCAGACUUGCCAGCUUGCUUUAUGAGGGCCCCUGGGUCGCGGAACGUUACGCCGCCAUCAGGGACUUCAUCGAGGAAAACGGAGACAAGAUGGACCCCACCGUCCGGGAGAUCAUCCUUAAGGCCAAGGACUUCAACGCCGCGGACCUCUUCGCGUCAGAGUACCUGCGACAGGAGCUGACCCGCGAGAUUGAGAACCGAUUCGGCAAUUUCGACGCCAUUCUGGUCCCCACGUCUCCCACCUUCCCUACCAUUGAAGAUCUCGUCAGGGAGCCGAUCAAGGAGAACGCCUAUCUCGGCACGUAUACCAACUUUGUCAAUUUCAUGGACUGGACCGCCCUGGCAAUUCCUGCUGGCUUCAGAUCCGACGGACUCCCCUUUGGCAUCACAUUGAUCUCAUCCACGUGGGGCGAGCCGAAACUGCUUUCACUAGCACGGGAAUGGCUUUGCACGGCCCCUCGACCUCUUGGAGCUACCAAGAUUGAGAUACUCGAGGCACUGAAACCUGACGCCGUCGCUGCGGGCGAACCAAAGACGACUCGUCUUGUGGUGGUAGGUGCUCACCUUACGGGCUUUCCCUUGAACAAAGACCUGACGUCUCGUGGAGGAACACUAGAGACGGCCACAACAACAUCCCCAAGCUACAAGUUCUAUUCCCUUGAUACCGCCGGUGCGGUAAAGAAGCCUGGUUUGCAGCGCGUUCAAACCGGUGGCAGCGCCAUUCAGGUCGAAGUUUGGAGUAUACCCACGAUGGAGGUCGGUAGCUUUCUAAGUACUGUGCCUUCGCCUCUGGGCAUUGGUUCUGUCGAGCUAGUCGAUGGAAGCUGGGCUCCUGGGUUCAUCUGUGAACCCUAUGGAUUGGAAGGUGCUACAGAUAUCACGCGGUUUGGAGGCUGGCGUGCCUUUACCAAGUCUCUGUUCCCUGAGAAUUCUCGUCUUGACAGUAAUACCAACACCCGCGACAUCAAGACCGUUCUUAUCGCCAACCGUGGAGAGAUCGCCGUCCGAAUCAUCCGGACCUUGCAUUCCAUGGGCAUAAAGGCUGUUUCAAUUCACUCCUCUACCGAUGCUCGCUCACCUCACGUACGCAACGCUGAUGUAUCACUUCCAUUGGAGGGGGCUUCCGUCCCUGAAACUUAUCUCAAUGGCUCCCAGAUCAUCUCUCUUGCAAAAGAGGCCGGCGUUGAUGCUAUUAUCCCGGGCUACGGCUUUUUGGCAGAGAAUGCCGACUUCGCUUCAGCCGUCGAGGCCGAAGGUGUGAUCUGGGUCGGGCCAACUGCGGAACAGAUGCGGCAACUCGGCUUGAAGCACCUCGCUCGUGAAGUUGCCAUUGGGGCAGGCGUACCUGUCGUGCCGGGCAGCAAACACCUGCUCAAGAGCGCCGACGAGGCGCUCACCGAAGCGGACCGCAUCAGUUACCCCGUGAUGCUUAAGAGUACUGCGGGCGGCGGUGGUAUCGGCCUCAAGCGCUGCGACGACGCUGCGUCACUGGUUGAGGCCUUUGAAAGCGUCCAGAGAUUGGCCCAGGCCAAUUUCGGUGACGCUGGAGUCUUUGUGGAGCACUUUAUUGAACGUGCUCGGCAUAUCGAGGUACAGGUCAUUGGCGACGGAGAGGGCAACGUCACAUCUGCUGGCGAGCGAGAUUGUUCCCUGCAGCGGCGGAACCAAAAGGUGAUUGAGGAGAGUCCUGCCACGUUUGUACCACUCGAAGUGCGCAAAAGGAUGCGAAAGGCCGCUGUCGACCUUGCCUCUGCUGUCAGAUACCGCAACGUCGGCACCGUCGAGUUCAUCUACGACGUGGACACCUCGGAAUUCUACUUCCUCGAGGUCAACACCCGCUUGCAAGUUGAGCACCCCGUCACCGAGUCUGUAGCCGGUCUUGACCUGGUUGAGUGUAUGAUCCGCGUGGCGUCUGGAGAUAGCAAGAACAUGUUUCAAAAGCCAGAAGGGUUCGAGGUGAACGGCGCUGCGAUCGAGGUGCGCGUUUAUGCUGAGAGUCCGCUCCAGAACUUCCGCCCUUCGCCAGGCCGUCUUCUGGAUAUCUCUUUUCCUGACGAUGUACGCGUCGACACAUGGGUCGAGCCAGGGAUGGAGAUGUCAUCGUCCUACGACCCGCUCGUAGCCAAGAUUAUCGCCACGGGCGAGGACCGAACAGCAGCGAUCGCCAAGCUCGCUGAUGCUCUGGAGAAGACAGUCGUUACUGGCGUUGAGACAAAUCUGAGCUACGUCCGCCACAUUGUCGCGUCAGAAAUGUUCAAGUCUGGUAACUUCACAACGACAUCCCUGAACACUUUCACAUUCGAAUCUUUCGUUUUUGAGGUCGUUGACCCUGGCACCCUCACCGUUGUCCAAGAUUUUCCAGGCCGCAAGGGGUUAUGGCACGUGGGCGUCCCACCGUCCGGGCCCUUUGACGACUAUUCCUUCAGACUCGCAAACAGGUUGGUUGGGAAUGACUCCCGCGCCGCCGGGCUCGAGUGUACCAUUUACGGUCCCAGCCUUUUAUUCCACUGCGACGCCGUUGUAGCCGUAACUGGCGCCACCGCCGAAGUCAAGAUCGACAAGGAGUCUGUUUCACAGAACGCCGUCUUUUCUAUCAAAAGGGGCCAGACAUUGUUCAUCGGCGGCGCAACGUCCGGGUACCGCAGCUACCUUGCCAUCCGCGGGGGCGUCGCCGUUCCCGAAAUCUUCAAAUCCCGCUCCACCUUCGCAUUGGGCCAGGUUGGAGGCCACAACGGACGGAACCUGCGCUCCGGCGAUCUGCUUCCCGUGGGUAACCUAAUUGCCACGUCGCCGUCCACCGCUUCCGGCCCCUCGACCCCCAUCCCGUCCGACCCGGGCAACGCAAACUGGUCCAUUGGCGUCGUCCCCGGACAGCACUCGGCACCCGAGCACUUCACAGAGCAAGGCUUCAACACCCUCUUCGCCGGUGAGUGGAUCGUCCACUACAACAGCAACCGCGUCGGCAUCCGCCUCGACGGCCCCAAACCGCAGUGGGCCCGCCAAACCGGCGGCGAAGCCGGCCUGCACCCGUCCAACAUCCACGACAGCCCCUACUCGGUCGGCAGCGUCAGCUUCACCGGUGACGAGGCCGUCAUCCUCACCUGCGACGGGCCCAGCCUCGGCGGCUUCGUCGUCUUCUGCGUCGUCGCCUCGGCCGAGAUGUGGAAGCUCGGCCAGCUCCGCCCCGGCGACAAGGUCAAGCUCCAGCCCAUUGGCGUAGACGAUGCACUCUUCCUUGAGUCCGCCCUCGAACGCUCCAUCGCCGAGCUCACGCCCCUGGCGGUGGACGUCACCCCUCUCGCCAACAAUCCGACCACGCCUGACUCAAACCCUUUACUCGGCGACAUUGGCAGCGCCGCCCGCCGCAUCGCGGUCCGCCAGGCCGGCGACAACGCGAUGCUCCUAGAAUUCGGCACAGAAGACGUCUUCUCCCUCCGCCAAAGCUUUCAAAUCUUCUCCUUCAUCGCCCGGCACAAGACGCACCCGAUCCCACACGUCCUCGAGCUCUCCCCCGGCGUCCGCACCCUCCACGUCCAAUACGCCCCCAAACAAGCACCCGCGACAAUCCUUUCCGCCCUCCGCGCCCACGAGGCCUCCCUAGGCGACGUCGCCAUCCCCCCCUCCAUCCCCUCCCGCACAUUCCACCUCCCUCUCGCCUUCGACGACAGCGUGUCCCGCGCCGCCGUCGCCCGCUACGCCGCCACCAUCCGCGCCACGGCCCCCUGGCUGCCCAGCAACGUCGACUUCCUCCGCCACCUCAACGCCUUGCCCGCCCCCGCCGACGUCGAGCGCAUCUUCCUCGACGCUACUUUCCUCGUCCUCGGCCUCGGCGACGUGUUUCUCGGGUCACCCUGUGCCGUGCCCCUCGACCCGCGCCACCGCCUCUUCGGGACGAAAUAUAACCCCUCACGCUCUUUUACACCGCGCGGCGCCGUGGGGAUCGGCGGGCAGUAUAUGUGCAUCUACGGCAUGGAUUCGCCGGGUGGGUACCAGCUCGUCGGGCGGACGGUUCCAAUCUGGGAUGACGUUGCCGCUUCCGCCGUGGUGUCGCGGUCGCGAGGCAACGGCAGCAGAACGGAUACCGCGGGAGAGCAGCAGCAGCAGCAGCAGCAGAAGCAGCCGUGGAUGUUCCGCCUCUUUGACCGGAUAUCCUACUACCCCGUCCCCGAGCUCGACCUCGACGCCGCCAUCACACAGGGCCGCAUCUCCGACCUCGUCCGCAUCGAAGAAGGGAGCCUCGACCUCGCAGAGUACGAAUCCUGGCUGGCGGCCAACGAAGCCGACAUUGAAGCCACGCGUAACCUCCGCGCCGAAGCGAUUCGCAACGUGCCGUUUAUGGAGGAGCUGCUGCAGCCGUAUAACCCGCCAGAGAUUGAGCGCGAUCGACACGGUAUUUUUGGGGAGGAUGGUGACGGUAGCAGUGACGGUGGAGUGGUAGGGGAGAGAAUCAAGGCGCAGAUGCCGGGCCGGUGCUGGAAGUGUGAGGUUAGGGCGGGAGACGAGGUUGAGGUCGGGGACACGCUGGUGUGGAUCGAGUCGAAUAAAAUGGAGAUCAAGAUUGGGAGUCCCGUGAAGGGCAGAGUUGUCAAGAUGUUGGUUGCGGAGGGGGAUGUUGUUGGGCCGUUUGAUGAUUUGCUCGUUGUUGCGACUGAGUGA